AUGAUGCACUCAUUGCAUUCGCGAUUCAUCGCCGUUUGGUGAGUCUAGUGACGUGACGUCGCGGUAGUGCGCACGGGGUCGAGGAAGUGGAAGUUAUCGAGUAGAGUUGAUGAAUCGGGAUACCUGAAAAAUUCCACGGGGAAACAAUCGUGAACGAUCAUCAUGGCCGACAACGAGCAGAAGGCAUUACAACUGGUGGCGGAGGCCGAAAGGAAGCUGUCGUCGUCAAGGGGCUUCUUCGGCGCUCUAUUCGGAAGUUCGUCCAAAGUUGAAGAAGCAGUAGAAUGUUAUCAACGGGCAGCAAAUAUGUUCAAGAUGGCAAAGAAGUGGAGCUCAGCAGGGAAAGCAUUCUACGACGCAGCAGAUUUACAUGCCAAGGCGGGUAGUCGUCAUGACGCAGCUAACAAUUAUGUAGAUGCAGCCAAUUGCUUCAAAAAAUCUGAUACAAAUGAGGCAAUCAGUUGCUUGUUGAAAGCUAUCGAGAUUUACACUGACAUGGGUCGUUUUACAAUGGCAGCUAAGCACCAUCAGAGUAUAGCUGAGAUCUAUGAAAGUGAAGCAGUUGACUUAGAACGUGCAGUACAUCAUUAUGAACAAGCAGCAGAUUAUUUUCGUGGUGAAGAAAGUAAUUCCUCUGCAAACAAGUGUCUUCUAAAAGUUGCGCAGUACGCCGCGCAACUUGAGAAUUAUGAUAAGGCCAUUCAGAUUUAUGAACAGGUCGCCUCUGCAUCAUUAGAGAGUUCUCUGUUAAAAUACAGUGCUAAGGAAUAUUUUUUCCGUGCUGCGUUGUGUCACUUGUGUAUAGAUGCAUUAAAUGCCCAACACGCUAUCGAGCGUUAUCAGGAGCAGUAUCCCGCUUUUCAGGAUUCUAGAGAAUACAAACUGAUAAUGACACUGAUAGAACAUUUGGAAGAGCAAAAUCUCGAAGGCUUCACAGAGGCAGUGAAAGAGUAUGAUUCAAUUUCAAGAUUGGAUCAAUGGUAUACAACAGUAUUAUUACGUAUAAAGAAGCAAGUUAAUGAUAAUCCGGAUCUACGCUGAUCAGUUGUUUCUUAUCCAUGCUAUUUUCAGGCAACGAUAUUAUUCCAACUCCGCAUAUAUUCAUUUUUAAGUCACCUUGUUUUUUGUGAAAAUGAUCAAAGGAUUCCAUUUUUAUAUCCGGAUAUAAUUACUCACAUUGCUCCAUCGUAUAUUCUCUCGACUAUUAUUAUUUGUCUGUAGAACUUUUAAAUUCUUAAGUAUCCACAAAAUCGUGGAGAAUCACAGUAUGUAAGAUAUUGUUUGGAACAUCAUGAUUUUCCUUGUUAUUCUCUUUUACUGCUAAAGUACGCAACCUUAUUGUUGAAUACCUCGGCGAAUAUCGUGUUUGUUGUUUUUAUUAUAAAAUAAUACAGCUCAGGUUCUUUACUAUAUUUCAUCUAGAAUUUAUACUCUUGUGAAUUAAUUUAAACAAAUGGAGCAGGGAAGUAUUAAAGACUAGGUUUCUAAAAACCUAAAUCAGAGAUUAAGCAACAGCAUAUUAAAUUCGUAGAUUUUUAAUUACUUUUUUUGUGCGCGUUUCUGAAUCAUUUUACAAUAAAAAUUUUUCCACUUAUAUAUUUUUCUUUUCUAUUCACGAUAGUAAGAAGAUUGAUUGUUAUUUGUUUGUAUAUGUAUAUAUAAUCUACAUUUGUUGAGAGAAUAUUUUCAUUUUAUCUCUAUGUGAGAGCGUAAUUGUUAACAGGCUCACUUGUUUUUGGAUUUUUUACGGCGAGGGAAUGAUAUGUAACGUCAUCAUUUGUCAUCCUUGCACUGCCAGAGUAUCAAAUGCAAACGUGUGUAGUAUAUACUUAAUUGGUAUAUUUCAAGUUCAGUUUCUUCUCUUCAUGUUUGUUUCCAUUCGAUCUUUUUCCGUCUUGUGUUUGUUUCAUUUCAGAUUGUGGCUGCUGAUUAUAGUUUAUAGCUUAAAUUAGCGACUAUUAGUACACAUAACACAUAUUCCUUCCUAAUAUUAAACUAAAGAUACACAUCGGUAUAACUGUUAUACAAUGUUUUCUGCAAUAGCAUAGCGCCGUAUUUAAUCGUUAGUACUCAUCGCCUAUGGAUAAGUGUACUCUUGCAAAAAUCCGUAAGAAAAAGAAGAAAAAAAAAGAAAGAACAGAAGGAACACAAUCGUGUGAGAUGCAUUUAGCUGGAAUAACCAAUUGAGAAUAUACAUUUUUCUAAAUUUGUCCUGUGUUACCUCAUUACUAUUGUAUAAUUAUUUUUCAUAAUAUAUAUUAUCAAAUUGGCGCGACACUUAUAGCCGUAAUUUAUGAUGCGUUGUCAAAUUUGCUGAUUUUACUCCGAUGAUCGUAAGGAAAACGUGAGACGUCAAAUAAUGUCACGGAAAUUUCUUAUAUGUAUUAUCGUAGUGUUGCAAAGUACACAAGCACAUAGAGUUAAUUUAGCGAACGUAAUGUUCGACACAUUGAUUUAACGAUGGUCGCAUCGAGAGAUCUUUGCAUUUUAUAUAAAAGCAAGUACAUUGGUACGAUACAACUCAAAGAUAUACAAUAAAAUUCCGCUGUUAACUAGGAGUAGAGAGAAACUAUUUGCAUGCACGCGAAUAAUGAAUCACGCACUAGCGCGUAAGCAUAUGUAUACUUAUUGAAAACGAGAAAACAAGGACAUACAUAAUAAAAGUUUCAGACUUUACGCAUAAUGUACGUUGUUUUCUGGUGAAAAAGAGAGAAAAGAAAUAACCAGGCAGAGAGUACGAGAUCUUUGUAUAGUUCUAAUGUAAAGACCUAUAUGUAAUAAUCGGUAUUUUAAUUAUUUAAUAUUAAGUUCCACGUAUAGUACGCGUCUAUCGCUCUUUUGUUAUUAUUAAUAAUAACAAUUACGUACUUCUAAUUUGUUCGUUUCAUCCAGUUUGCAAUUAACGUAUGUUUUCAGUAUCAAAUUAUGUGCAAUUACGCCUAACGUUGUGCAAUGUUCACGCAGGAUUUGUCAUACGCACAUGUGGAUGCGCGUUUGCGUUAUUAUUUAUAUAAAAAAAUACGCCGUUUAUUUGUAUAGUUUGGGUGCAGAGUACAUGCUUGUAAAUAACAAGAAUGAAGGCAAUGCUGUGCGCACCAUAAUGUUUUAUCUGAUUAUAUCAUUAUUUAUACCCUGUAUAAAUGCGCGAGUCGAUUAAUGCGAUUAAUCAUGCGCUUCUUCAUUUUAUUUUUUAUCCCUUAUAAACAGCUUGCUAUCUAAUAUCUGUUGUAUAAUCACGAAUAAGAAUUAAUAUACGUUACAUGCAGAAGCUGAA